UCUUCUUCGUCGUCCUCCUUCAUCCUCUCCUCGCCGCCGCCGACGCGCUCACCGCUGGAUCUCGGUGAUGCGUUCAGGUGCACGGCAAAAGCCACGUACUUUCUACCACUCACACUUGCCUCGCUCUUUGGCCGUGGCCACGCGAGCUUGUUUUUGCAUUUGAACGCCUCUGUUGUUGAAAUAAUACCUGUCACAAUAGAAAUUGUCGAAGAAAUAAAUUCUCCCCUUGUUGAGGCAAACUCUCCGUUCCGGUAGGCGUGGCUUGACGGAAAGUAGCAAAGUGCAGGACUUUGAAACUGCCCCAAGUGUGUGCUUGUACCUUACUUACCCCACGCUGACAUUUUCCGUUCGGACGUCAAGUCAAGGUCAUGGCCUCCCCCAGCACACUCUUGUCAGAGGCGCUGCUCCAAUGUGGCAUCUGUCAGGAUGUGUUCUCCGAGCCUGUGUCCAUUCCCUGCGGUCACAGCUUCUGCCACAGCUGCAUCACAUCCCGCUGGGAUCGCGGCGCCUCCUCCAGCUGCCCCAAAUGCGACACGCUCUUCACCACCCGGCCGGAGCUCUGCGAGAACUCUUUUGCCAGGGAAAUGUCCGAGCGCGUCCGAGCCAGAAGGAAGCAGAUGGACUCGGAGGUUCAGGAGAUGAUCCAGGACAGACGGCAGCAAGUGGAGGAGAUCAAACAUUGCGUGGAACUCAGCAAAGAAAAGGCCAAGUUGGAACUAGACCGCAGCGCACAGAUAUUCUCUGCUCUGUCGGAGGCCCUGGAGAGAAGUCGGUCCGAGCUGCUGGAGAGCAUCCAGAGGCGGCAGGCCGCGACGGAGCACGCGGCCCAGAGGCUCACGGCACAGCUGGAGCUGGAGGUCAAGGAGCUGGAGAGGAGAAGAAGGGAGAUGGAGCAGCUCCUGAACACCGACGACCGCCUCCUUCUUCUGCAGAGGUCUUCGGGCUUGUCUUCAGCAUCCUGUUGUGACAACGUCAUCCACUCAGACCCAUGUGUGGGGAUUGUGAGGAGAGCUUUGGACCAUGUUGAUCAACAACUCUGCUCUUUUUUAAAAACGCUUUCCAUUGAAGAGCAUGACGUGAUGUUGCAGUAUGCAGCUGACGUUUAUCUGGACCCCAGGACAGCCAACCCAUGGCUCUUUCUGUCUGAGGACGGGAGACGGGUGCAGGAUGGAGACAUCGAGCGGGACCUGCCGGACUUGCCCGAGCGCUUUGACACCGUUCCCUGUGUGCUGGCCACCAAGGGUUUCACCACCGGGAGGCACUACUGGGAGGUGGAGGUUGGGGACAAGACGUCGUGGGACCUGGGAGUGGCUGAGGCGUCGGUCAACAGGAAGGGCUUGGUGACGCUAUGCCCGCAAAACGGAUACUGGGCUGUGUGUCUGAGACGCGCCGCUGAGUACCGGGCCUGUGCGGCACAAGCGCAGCUUUUGUAUCUCCCCCAGAGGCCGAAGGUCAUCGGGCUGUUUUUGGAUGUGGCGGACGGGACGGUGUCCUUCUAUGACGCCGAGGCCAAGUCGCACAUCUAUUCCUUUACGCACGUUCACUUCACAGAAGCCGUGUUUCCGCUUUUCAACCCGGACGUGAGUGACAACGGAAGAAACGGCUCGCCGCUCAUCAUCCGGCCUGCGGAUGGAAGCACGAGUUUUGACACCGUCACGAUAUAACGGACAGGGGGCAAAAACUGAACUCUAUUGGUCGUUGAAAUAAACGUGUGAAUUUGACACA